AUGUGGUAUGUUGCCGAUUCGGACUCGGAGGAUGUCACGGCUGCUAUACGUCAGGAUGGUCUUGAAGCGGGGUUUGAUGGUGAGAUAGACCCCAAGUGCCCUUCGAUCCAUUUCACCGCUGCAGAGGAAAGGUUAUUCUGUCGUAGCUGGAGAUCCGCACUAGUAGUGAAAGCUUUGGGAAGGUCAGUCUCAUACACACUCAUGCUGAAACGGCUUCAGACCAUCUUGGCUAAAGUCGGAUCUAUUCAGGUCACUUCGGUAAAGAAUGGCUACUUUCUAGUGCGUUUUACAAGUGGGGUAGACUAUGACAGAGCGGUUACAGGUGGGCCUUGGAUGGUUGGGGAUAAUUACCUCACGGUGCACCCCUGGACGGAUGAUUUUGAUCCCUACAACCACGAGAUCUCAUCAACGCUUGUUUGGACUCGGUUAUUGGAGAUGUCAAUCCAGUACUUUCACCCUGUCGCGGUUAUGAAAAUUGGCCAGCGUAUUGGGAAGCCCAUUCGAGUUGAUCAUGCGACGAGCAUUGGAGCACGAAGUGACUAUGCUCGUGUUUGUGUCCAAGUGGAUAUUACGAAGCCUCUACUGUCCCAAUUUACGAUUCAUGGAAAGAAGUACUUCAUUCAAUAUGAGGGCUUGGAGAAUAUUUGUCUUCAAUGUGGCACUUACUUUGCUCGAUCUCGGUGUUCGUGCUCAUUCCCGAAGGAAGCAAUGCAAACAGAGGAGCCUGUAAAUGCUCCGGCGGAUCCGGCUGUGGAGGAACCCGCGGGACUCUAUGGUGAGUGGAUGAUCGCGAAACGAAGACCACGAACGAAAAAACAGGCCGCGGGACCUAACCAGGGGGGGGGGGAUCAACAACGGCACUGA